CGACCGACGGAGGCGUCGGCGAGCUUCAGUCUUCAGGUAACGGCGCGGUCAUGGCCGGCUCACGGGGGCUCACACACUCGCUGCAGUUCACGGCUCUCUUGGUGUUGGCGGGACUGUGCGGCUGGCCCGGGAAGUGCUGUGGAAGUUCGGGUACGGUGCUGCCUGAGACGCUACUGUUUAUAUCAACUCUGGAUGGAAGCCUGCAUGCUGUCAGCAAACAGACAGGUUCAAUCAAAUGGACCCUGAAAGAAGAUCCUGUGCUUCAAGUGCCUAUUCAUCUAACUGAGCCGGCAUUUCUUCCUGAUCCGAAUGAUGGCAGCCUUUAUACACUGGGAGGGAAGAACAAUGAAGGACUGACUAAACUUCCAUUCACAAUUCCUGAGUUGGUUCAGGCGUCACCUUGCCGAAGUUCUGAUGGUAUACUGUACAUGGGAAAAAAACAGGAUAUCUGGUACGUUGUGGACCCGAUAACUGGUGUAAAGCAGCAGACUUUAACAGCUUCUUUUGCAGAGAGCAUGUGUCCAUCAACACCUCUGCUAUACCUCGGACGUACAGAGUACACGAUCACAAUGUAUGAUACUAAGAACCGAGAGCUGCGAUGGAAUGCCACCUACUUUGAUUAUUCUGCUACCCUACCGGAUGAAGACACUGAAUACAAAAUGCUACACUUUGUCUCUAAUGGAGAUGGCCUGGUGGUGACUGUGGACAGUGAGUCAGGUGACGUUCUGUGGAUUCAGAAUUACGCGUCUCCCGUGGUGGCUGUGUACAUCUGGCAGAGGGAAGGACUGAGGAAGGUGAUGCACACUAAUGUUGGCAUUGAGACACUUCGCUACCUCACCUUCAUGUCAGGAGAGGUGGGCCGAAUCACAAAGUGGAAAUAUCCCUUCCCGAAGGAGACGGAGACCAAACAAAAGCUGAUGCCGACUCUGUAUGUGGGAAAAUACUCUACCAGCUUGUAUGCCUCAUCAUCUUUGGUCCAUGAAGGAGUGGCUGUUGUGCCACGAGGUAGCACGUUCCCGUUGCUUGAAGGCCCUAAAGCAGACCACGUUACGAUCACAGGUCACGGAGAGUGUGAUACCACUCCCAGUAUUGACGUGAAAUUCACAUCCGGAGUCAAAAACACAAUUGACUACCUGCGGAACCAGUGGUUUCUGAUAGGUCACCAUGAAAUGCCUCUGGCAGCUCACACCAAGAUUCUUAAUGACUUCCCUGAAAAUGUACAGAAAAUUCCAGAUGAUAUCAUCACCACCAACCCACAGAACGACCUAUUUGAAGAUCAUUUCCCAAGCAUUGAUGAAGUUGCAGAGGACUUCGACAUUCUUAACAAUCUGAAAGAAAAAUAUAGCAAAUCGCAGCCCAAGCAUGAAGCUCCUGUGGAUUCAGUGCUGAAAGAUAUGGCCACCAUCGUCUUCAGUACCUUUCUGCUGGCUGGAUGGGUGGCUUUUGUCAUCACCUAUCCUAAGACUGUACAGCAGCAACAACAGAGGCAGCACGAGCAGUUUCAGAGGCACCUGGAGGAAAGGCUCGAGCUCAUGCAGAAACGGCAAAUCGCUUUCCGCCCUCCGCUCCUGGGUCCAGAAUCUGAAUUCGUGGAAGCACCCAGACUGGGGACCGACAGCUCCUGCACCAAUACUCCGAACGCAUCCCCGAGAGUAUCCAACCAUUCGAUGUACUCAAAUCAUUCCAUCUCUGAGUUUGGCAGCUCGGCCACAGAACAAGAAGAUGCAGAUGACGAUUCUAAUAUUGUGAGAGUUGGAAAGAUAGGGUUUCAUCCAAAGGAUGUCCUGGGACAUGGUGCCGAAGGAACUAUCGUGUUUAAGGGCAAGUUUGAUGACCGCUAUGUGGCAGUGAAGAGGAUUUUGCCCGAGUGCUUCAGCUUCGCAGACAGAGAGGUGCAGCUGCUUCGUGAAUCUGACGAGCAUCCAAACGUCAUCCGUUACUUCUGUACCGAGAAGGACCGUCAGUUCCAAUACAUAGCUACCGAGUUGUGCGCAGCCACUCUGCAAGAGUAUGUUGAACAGAAGGACUUUGAUCGCCACGGUUUGGAGCCCAUAAUUCUACUUCAACAAACCACGUCCGGUCUGGCUUAUUUACACUCUCUCAAUAUCGUCCACAGAGAUUUAAAGCCACACAACAUACUGAUCUCCAUGCCCAAUGCCCAUGGGAGAGUGAAGGCCAUGAUCUCCGACUUUGGCCUCUGCAAGAAGCUGGCAGUGGGCAGGCACAGUUUCAGCCGCAGGUCAGGGGUACCAGGCACUGAGGGCUGGAUCGCUCCAGAGGUGCUGAAUGAAGACUGUAAAGCAAAUCCAACUUGUGCAGUGGAUAUUUUCUCUGCUGGUUGUGUGUUCUAUUACGUGAUUUCUGAAGGGAGUCACCCUUUCGGAAAGGCUCUGCAGCGACAGGCCAAUAUCUUACUGGGUGUCAGCAACCUUCAACAUUUAAAACCUGAUGUACAUGAUGAUAUUAUUGCUCGUGACUUAAUUCAAGAGAUGAUAAACAUGGACCCUCAAAAACGCCCCUCUGCCAAGCGUGUCCUGAAAAAUCCUUUCUUUUGGAGCCUUGAGAAGCAGCUUCAGUUUUUCCAGGACGUCAGUGAUCGAAUAGAAAAGGAGCCUCUGGAUGGACCAAUAGUAAGGGAAUUGGAGAGAGGAGGGAGAGGUGUUGUUCAGGGUGACUGGAAACUUCAUAUCACUGUGCCUCUGCAGACAGAUCUCCGAAAAUUCCGGUCAUACAAAGGGAAUUCGGUGAGAGACCUGCUACGUGCAAUGAGGAACAAGAAGCACCACUAUAGAGAAUUGCCUGAGGAUGUGCAGGAAACUCUGGGCUCAGUUCCAGAUGAAUUUGUUUGCUACUUCACUCUUCGUUUUCCCCAUCUGUUGCUCCACACAUAUCUGGCAAUGCAGAUCUGCAGCCAGGAGAGACUCUUUCAUCCGUACUACUACCAGGAGGCUGCAGAACCAAGGCAAUUAAUCCCGUUGGUCCCUGAUAACUUCCAAUAAACCAAGGGAUGGAAGGUUGAAAAGGGAAACUUUUCAAGUACAAAAAGCAUUCCAGCCACAGGGCCUUUUAAGGAUUAGCAUGGCAAGUAUAAAGAGACUACUUUGGGCAGAAUAACACUCGCAAAAUAAAGAUGUCGUCAAGCUUCUUUCAAGUGCCUAUGGAAGCUAUGCGUGAUCCACAGGAUAAUCUGAGGCAGAAUGUGAACUUAGUUCUCCAGUGACUGGAUCUACUGUUUGACUGCCUCUGCAUUUUUAAUAUAAAAAAAUAUUUUCCUCACAGGAAGAAAAGGUUUUUUUUAAAUGUAAAGUAAGAAAGGUCAUGGUGACAAAUACUGUACUGGGCUAUUGUAUGUGUCGUUUCUUCAAAGUUCUAAUCUUUGAAAGUGGAUGCACAAGCAAGUUUAAAUCCUGAAAUAUAAAUGUGUCUGCAGGUGACAGUCAUGUUUACUUGGUUAAGACCACUUGUAAGGAAUUGAGCGGCUCCUACACCACCAUGGGUUAAUUUACCUGAGUUAACAAGGCAGUUCAGCUCCAUACAGUGAUCCAUAACAUUUUCUGGUCCAUUGCGAUUGGUAGCUUAAAUUCAUUUCCCAUAAACAGGGCAAUGAAUAUUGAGACAGACGGAGAUUGGUUAUCCACACAGAACAAUAAGCCCAUUGAAAGCUGUGCUUUCAGACCCCCUCUCCCCCAUCCCACCCCAUGCCCCACUGAGCAGGGUUUUAUACUAGGGCAAUGUCCCUAUUUAAAAAGUUUUGAAUUUAUAGCUGUAUGUCUCUACAUUGCUUGUGUAAUUCUUUUUCACCUUUAAGUCCAAAUACUGAUGCUAAUUUUCCAGGUUUUCACUGUAGAUGAACAACAGUAUUUUAACACAUGCAAGCAGCCUGAACUGUCUACAGGACGGUUUAAAUUGGUGCAAAAUAUACCAAAGGCUGGAUUAUCUGUAUAUCUGUCCUCUGCCUGAUGUAGAACAAGGUAGCUACAUUGUGCAGGGAUAUCAAGGAAACAGUGAUGGCAUGUGGAGGGUAAAUGGAUCAAUUGCUGUUGCAUUUCUUUCCCAGCUUAACUACUGUUUUUACAAAAAAAAAACUUUAUUAAAUCAGUUUGCUUCCUAUUUGCUUAUUUUAUUCCUCCUCCUCUGCCCCUCACGGCUCCUGUGUGUUGAUUCUCGAGUUCAGGUCAUCAGAGAGGGGUGGUGCAAAGAUGUGUCCUAUUCUCCCAUCUUGUGCUAUAGGUACCUGGUCUCCCUGGCAGCCGGGUUUGUCCAAACAGAUCUGUAUUUGGCACUUACAGUGAAAAAUCGUUGUUUCACAAGACAGUGUAGUCUAUGUUUUAAUUAUCAGCAUAAUUAGUAUAUUGAUAAUUAAAAGCAGUAACUUAUUUAUUUAUUGGGGGGUAUCUUUAUAUCUGAUGAGUAAAAGCUUUGUCUUUGCAGCAUUUAAUGUACAGAGCUGAUUUUAGAGUGUGUUUUUUUUCUGCUGUGAUUUUGUAAGAUGUUUCUGCCAAGAGUUAAUUUUGCGUUGGUUUGUUUUGGAAAAUAAUGUGAAAAUAACCAGCAAUGCCUUCACAAUCAGAGUAUAUGUGAAAUAUGAUAUAAGUUUUGUUCUUUUCUAUUUUGGCAGUUGCACUAAAAGAUUUAAUCUGUCAUUAAUGGUUCAUAUGAAGCAGUUCUAUUGUAGUUUAAUUUUGUUAUGUAUGUACUGGAUUGGUAAGUAUGUAGAAUUGUGAUUUAAGUACUUGAGGUGCACAUUCAAGUUCUACUUGUUCCAUAGCACUGGCGUUCUCCCAUUGUUGUUUGUGAAAAUCCUCCUCACGCAUAUGUCACCAACAUCAUAUUCACCACAGUGACAUUUUCUUUUAAAACACACCAUUUCACUUCUGACCAAACAGUUUCUGUCAACUUUUCUGUAAGUGGAUUUCAGAUGCCGAUCAGCCAUGAUUGAGUUGAAGUGGGCAGCUCCUGAUCCUCUGUGAAAUGGCAAAGGCCCAUUAGCCUGUUCUAGCCCACCUACACUGUCAGAUGGGCUGAAUUCACUGCUGUACACAUCUUAAAUGCAAGGCAUUUAGUUCACAAGUCAAAUACUGUCAUUCAUUUUCAAAAUGCAAGAUUAAUUGAAACUGCAUCCUUUGCUUUUACAGAUUGACCUGUAAAGUGUUGUUCUGCAAACUGCUGGUUCACACUUGGAUUCCCCCUGUAGUAAACUAUUUCUGGGGCAACCAGCCAUUUGUAAAAGAUUGCCACACUAGUACGAGAUGGCUUUAGUGAUAAAAUACAGGAUUUAAUAAUGGCAUGCCUUAUGACGGGUGAUUGAUAAGUUUGUGGCCUAAGGUAGAGGGAGUCAAUUUUAGAAAGUCUAGCAGAUUUAUUUUUCAACAUAGUCCCCUCCUACAUUUACACACUUAGUCCAGCGGUCGUGGAACAUACAGAUCGGGAAUUGAGUUAUUAACUUCAAACUUUCUGCAUAAUCACUCAGAGUUGAACUGCAUGUGCAUGUAACGAGAGCAUCUUGGACCACCAGGUAGUCCACAGCAGGGGUGAUUGUUAAGUUUGUGGCCUAAGGUAGAAGGAGGUGAGUUAUACAGCUCUUGUUACAUGCAAGUGCAGUUCAACUCUUUGAGUGAAAAUGCAGAAAGUUUGAAGUUAAUAUCUCCUACAACCUUAGGCCACGAACUUAUCAAUCACCCCAUGCUGUGGGCCACUUCUGGAGGUCCAAGAUGCCGACUUCUACAAAGAAGGGAUCCGUAUGCCCCAUGACCACUGGACCAAGUGUGUAAAUGUAGGAAAAAUAAAUGUGCUAGGUUUUCUAAGAUUGACUCCUUCUUCCUGAGGCCACAAACUUAUCAAUCACCCCUCGUAUUUUGCCAUUAUAUGCCUUCCUGCACAAUAUUCCAGAAUGGUCCUGAAAUUGUUUUGUGUACCCUUGUUUCCAUUCGCAUGUCUGAGGAACCUGUGGACUUGUCAUUAAGAUUGAGACCAUAGUCUCCACUAACUCCCUUCUCUAGCUUUCUGGCCAGACUUUCUUCAACACGUUUCUCUUAUCUCCUGAUCUUUUUAUCCCAUUUUCACUAAGCUGAACAUCUGCCUCUCUCUCUCUCUGACUUCCAUGGUGCCAAAUAUUGGCAACAUUUCUCUCUCUUUGGUAUUGUUACCCUUCUUUUUUUUAUUAGUUUUUUUUAUACAUUUUACAGAUUAAAAAACCCCAAAUCACAUUGAGGAACAUUAAUACAGUGCAAAAUUAAGCAUACAAUGACAAUAUAAUACAAAGAAAGAGAAUUUUUUUUAAAAAAGCCCCUAAAUUGAAGACAAGUAAACUUAAUAUCCUCCCCAAGCCACGCAACAAAAAAAAACUCCAGACCAACCACAACACAAUAUAGAGAAUAUAAAUCAGGACAAUCAAACUCCCAGACUGUGAAUACACUUAGCAACAGAGGAUAAUAAUGCCUACUACCAGAAAAAAAAGGGAGCUGAAAGCAAGGGACUGAAAAGGAAAAAAAAACCCUAGUCAAGAGGAAGGUUAUAAAAGUACUCGAUAAAAGGUCCCCAGACCUUAUGGAACUUUAGGUCCGAAUUAAGAACUGAAUAAUGAAUUUUUUUGAGGUCCAAGCAGGCCAUAAUGUCGUUAAGCCAUUGAGCAUGGGUGGGUAUUGUUACCCUUCUUAAAUGUGACAUUAUUAUCCCUUUGCAAACUGAUUGCUUUGGACCAAGCGCUUGUCUCAGGUCCUUGAGUGUCCAGUGAUUUCUCACAUCCAUUAGUAUCAUUCACGAGCUCUGCUUGAAUUCUUCCAGUCAGUACAUUUCUGGUCCUGACAUACUGAAACAACUGUUUUUAUUAACCUCUGUAAUCAAGUCUUGAGUGUUUGACUAUGGUAGUCUGUUGUGCCUUUUAUUCUUAAACUAUCUGCAGCCUUUACAUGGUUGAUCAAAUCAUCCUUCCUGAGACUGCAGUCACAGUGUCCAAAGAAUUAUUCACAGUGGCUUCUCCUGCUUGCCGGUGUCCCCAAAGAUCUGUCCUUGGAUACCCCAGUUCUCUCAUACAUCAGAACUUAGUGAGAAAAUACACUGGAGGCUGCAUCUCCAGCGCUCCACUGUAAAGUUCUUCAAUGAACAGAGGUGUCCUCUAAAAAAUGCUAUAAAAAUUGGGCAGCACAGUAGUGUAAUGGUUAGCACAACACUUUACAAUACCACUGACCUGGGUUCAAUUUCCACUGAUGGCCUGUAAGGAGUUUGUAUGUUCUCUCCAUGACCAUGUGGUUGCCUCCAGGUGCUCCAGUUUCCUCCCAUAGUCCAAAGAUUUACUGGUUGGUAGGCUAAUUGGUUGUUGUAAAUUGUCCUGUGAUUAAGCUGGGAUUAAAUCAGGGGAUUGCUGAGUGGUUCAGCUCAAAGGUUCGAAAGGGCCUAUUCCACCCUGUAGCUCAAUAAAUAUAUAAAUAAAAUUGACGUCAUUAUCUUUGGUCUUUGACUUGAACUUGACUGUUGGAUCAUAUUUUCCCCAGAGAUGAUUCUUGGUGCAUACGGCCACAUCAUUCUAACAGCAUUGGCCCUCCUGCUGCUGAAAUCAUGUCAUUAUUACCAAGAGACAAGACUGUUGUUACAAUAUUUCUGCCAGCCUCCCUAUGUGAAUGAUUCCUGAACUGCCAUUGUCCCAUUACCCUGUGCUCAGGGACUACGUUGGUCUCCAAUCACCUCAGUUUUAAAAUUCCCACCACAUUUUCAAACCUCCAGAGCCCCACUGUAUCUCAAAAUGAUCAUCUCUUCCUUUUCAGAUCUUCUGAGUAUCCUCUACUUCCAUUCUUUCCUAAACCCUUCUAUUCCUCAAACUUCUCCUUAAGUUUCCUUGAGCCAAUCUCUCUAGGCUUUCAUCAUCGUUCAUAAUUCCUCUUUAGUAUCUAUAGCAAAUUCUGCUUGGUAAUAACUCUGUAGAGCAUCUUUUGACAUUUUGCACAGUAAAGGUGCUUUAAAAAAAUUAAGGUGUUACUGGAUACGUACUAAAAUCUAAAAACAUGAGCUGCAGGUGCUGGAAUACGAGCUGCAGGAGGAACUCAGUGUGUCACACAGCUUCUGUGGAGGGAAAUGGACAGCCAUUGUUUCAGGUUGAGACCAUUGAUCAGUCCAGACCUGAAACUUUAACAGACCCUUACCAUCUGCAGAUGUUGCCCAACCCACUGAAUUCCUCCAGCAGUUUGUUAUUUCAAUCCUAAAAUCUCUCCAUCCUGGACAUGAAGCAUUCUGAUAUAAAUGAACUGCAAAUUGACCAUGGAAAUGAUUUGUCUUUAAAUUACACCAGCACAAACAUUACUUAAGAUAAUUGACAUCCAAUUUCUCUAAAUUAAAGAGAUACAGAUAUGUACAAUAUGUUUCUUUUUCAUGUAAUAAGAUGAAGUGCUUCACUUGGACAAAGAGUUUAUAGAAAAUGGAAUAAAAUUAGAGAUAAUCAGUGAUUUAACAACUUGUCGUUGAUCAGCUAUUUAGAGUCAAAACCAUAGAACACUACGUCAGGCCCUUUGGCCCAUCUAGUCCAUGCUGAACCAUUUAAACUGCCUACUCUCCUCAACCUGCACUGGGACCAUAGCCCUCCAUACCCUUACCACCCAUGUACCUAUCCAAGCUUUUCUCAAAUGUUGAAAUCGAGCUUGCAUGCACCACUUACACUGGCAGCUCAUUCCACACUCUCAUGACCCUCUGAGUGAAGAAGUUCCCCUUCUUGUUCCCCUUAAACUUUUCACUUCCACCCACCCAACCUUGGAGAAAAAAGCUUGCUUGCAUUUACCCUCUCUAUACCCUUCAUAACUUUAUAUACCUCUAUCAAAUCUCCCCAAUUUAGAUGGAGGCUAUAAUAGAUGAUACUCAAUUUAAGCUUCUUGUGGCUUCAAUUAAUAAUUAAACAACUGUGCCUUUAAGCAGCUAACUGCAGGCAGUAGGAGAACUCUGGUCUGUUGACAGUUGAAUCCACAAGCUUUUUAAUCACUCAAGCAUAGGGGUAACAACCAGUUAACUCCUUUCAGAGUGACUGUUCAGUGAUGUUUUGUUGUGUGAAGAUCGCUGAUAAUAUGAAAUGUUUAUAAAAUUUGUAACAGUUGCUGUGAGGUGGAGACGUAGCAAUUAAUAUAUAUUUAUAUUAUUGUGCGACUACAGUGAUAAAAGUACAAAUUUGAUCAAUAAAAAGUUACAUAACCUAUAUGUGUUUUGACAUUGUGAAAAGCAUUAAUUAUUUUGGAUUGUGCAAGAAAUGAGCAAAAUCUACAGAUCGGAACUUUUUUUUACUGGAUUUGGAUUAUUUAUGAAUUGUCUUAGAUUUACACAGUUGCAAUGGUAAAUCAUGCUUUAAAAAACUGGGAAUGUAAUUGUUUUUUUUAAUCUGUUGCUCUGGGUUAAUGCAAUAAAAUACUGAAAUAUCUCCUCCA